CAACAUUGUCCACUGAUAUCCAGAACUGCAAAGAUGAAGAUUGCCCUCGUCCUCCUGUUCCUGACUGCCAUGGUGGCCCUGCCCGGAACCGAUUCCUGGGGUAUUCGUUUGCCACGUUUCAGGAGUAUUGUACGUGCGGUUGGAGGUGCCGUCAGGCGCGUCGCUUCGACAGUAGUCAAUGCCGGGAAGAAAGUUGUCUCAACUGUCAAAAAGGUUGGAGAAGCAAUUAAAUCUGGUAAACGAGACGUGAGCGAGUUUGAUGUGGACGGCGACGGUCAAGUCAGUGACGACGAGAUCAUGAUGGUGCUGGCAACCAGAGACGUGGAUGACCUUGUCCAGGAUGGUUACAUCACAGAAGCAGACAAGGAAGACAUCAGCCUCUACCAGCGCCAAGUCCGGGAAGCUGAAGACCUCGAUCUGGAAUAACCGUGCUGACAAGCGGAACUCAAGAUGCCCAACUCAUCUGUUAUCCAUGUAACAAGUAGAGUAUGGACAUAAAUAAAGUCGUAAAUAACAAA